UUGUUAAUCGGAGUAACCCGUUUCACCAUUGUCUUCUUCAACUCAGUCCCUCUAACAACCUUCUCAGUCUCUCCUCUCUUCUUGUUCUUUUAAUUACUCUCUCUCUCUGUUCAUCAGAAUUUGGUCAUAUUAUAUAUAUAAUGGGCGUGCCUGUUUGUGUUGAAUGCGGGACGAGGAGCAAUCCAUGCAGGUGCAAGGUGGUGGGACCGACGGUGGGAUUUUUGGCGUUUGUGGCGGCGGCGGCGGUCGAGUGGCCGGUGGGGGCGUUGGUUUACAUGUUCAAGCAUAUCAAGGGUCGGCGGAUCAUGGCACAUCCGGCCAACGUUGUGUAUCCUUCUGUCACUAAUGCUAUUCCCAUUUGA